UUAGUUAAGGAUCAAUCAAUCAAUCAUGGUUUUUGAGAAAGGGGGUUCAUCUACUGAAGCCCUUUCACCUUUGCCCAGAGAAGAAACACCUCUCUUGGGUAAGGCUUCUCACCUAUCUUCCCAACCCAAGACUUUUGCCAAUGUCUUCAUCGCCAUCGUCGGUGCCGGUGUCCUCGGCCUCCCGUAUACGUUCAAGAAGACUGGUUGGGCCUUUGGCGUUCUCAUGAUUGUUGCCGUCUCUAUCGCUACCUACCACUGUAUGAUGCUUCUGGUUUACAGCCGCAGGAAACUUGAAUCCCUUCAGGGCUUCUCCAAGAUCAAUUCUUUCGGUGAUUUGGCAUUCUCGAUCUGUGGGUCUAUCGGAAGAAUUGCUGCUGAUGUCAUGAUCGUCCUCUCUCAGGCUGGAUUCUGUGUUAGCUAUCUCAUGUUCAUCGCCAAUACUAUGGCCUAUGUCUUUAAUUCCUCUGGUGAUACUGUAAUGGGGUUUAAGCCAAAAGCUUUCUACAUAUGGGCUGGUUUCCCUUUCCAAUUGGGUUUGAAUUCCAUUCCAACCCUGACUCACCUUGCUCCUCUAAGCAUCUUCGCAGAUGUAGUUGACAUUGGAGCGAUGGGUAUUGUAAUGGUCGAAGAUGUUCAGAUCAUCACGAAACAACAACAAGACCUUUUGGCUUUUGGGGGUUGGAAUGUUUUAUUCUACGGCUUGGGGGUCGCCAUUUACGCUUUCGAAGGGGUUGGGAUGGUUUUGCCUCUCGAAACAGAGGCUAAGAACAAGGAGAAAUUUGGGAGAGUUCUGGGUUUGUCCAUGAUCUUCAUCUGUUUAAUGUAUGUAUCAUUUGGAGUUCUGGGUUACUUUGCUUUCGGAGACGAAACCAAGGACAUCAUCACAACAAACCUAGGGUUCGGUUUGUUAAGCAACUUGGUUCAAUUGGGUUUGUGCGUGAAUCUGUACUUCACCUUCCCAAUUAUGAUGAAUCCAGUGUACGAAGUGUUUGAGAGACGCUUCUUUGAAGGUCGGUAUUGUGUGUGGCAGAGAUGGUUGGUGGUGCUUCUGGUGAGCUUGGUUGCUCUCUCUGUGCCUAAUUUUGCAGAUUUCCUCUCAUUGGUUGGAAGCAGUGUGUGUGUGAUGUUGGGGUUUGUGUUGCCUGCUCUGUUCCAUCUGAUGGUAUUCAAGGACGAAAGAAAUUACAGAGGAUUGAUUUUGGAUGCCGUGAUAUUGAUUAUAGGUUUGAUAAUUGUGAUUUAUGGAACUUGGUCUUCUCUAAUGGGGAUUUUUUAUGCGAGAGACUGAGGAGAGGAAAGGAAGGUA